GUUUAAAAUUUCCCAAAAGUUUUAAUGCCCUAAAAAGUAUUGCAUAUUUCCAAAUGAGUAAUGUUGUUUAGAUAUUAUUACCAUAUGAUCCGUGAUGUCGAUCAGUUUGAUAAUAAUAAGAAUUGAAACUGCCAAUAAUUAUCCUUAACUCCAGCAUAUCCAGUUUAGAGAGAACACUACAAAGCAGCAAGAAAAAAACGGUGAUACUGACAGCAAAGUGGUGGACAAGAAUAACGAGUGGCCUCUAUUGGUAUCAGAAACAUUGCUGGCAAUCCACAGAGGCCAGCGCAAGCCAACCACCAUCACAGUUACUACACUGGAUGCAGACUUCAUUGAAAAGGAGAUGUCAGCAGUAGAGCAGGGUGGGAGGAAGCCUCAGGAUGAUGGUGAAGAUGAUAAUGAAGGAGAAGCAGAAGAUUUCACCAGACAUGAGAACAACCAUCUUUCUGAAAAUGAAACUGGAGAGAGUAAUAAAGAUUCCCUAGGUGCUCUCCUUUCUUGCUCAGGAAGCAAAGAGUCAACCCCUGCUGCAUCCAGCAGCAAAGAAGGCACUCCCGGCCCAAGUGACGAUGCCAGUCAAGCAAGCGGUGCAAGCACCAAAAACAGCUCAAGAACUGGCCAUCGAAUUCCCUUCCUCUCUGGCAACCCUACUGUUGACAUCACUCGCGGUAUCCUCCACCUUUAUAAACAAAACACAAAGACGCCACUUUCAGCAGGAGAAGAGCGGCCGUCGCUGGUGUGCAUGCUGUCGGUGCCGUCCUCGCACACCAUACACGACCUGCUGCAGUUCACUGCCCCCUGCUACUCCGGUGUGCUCAGCAUGAGAGUCAUCCGAGAUUCAUCCCCGAAUCACUUCAUGGUGCUCAUCAACUUCCGCUCGCAGACAGAAGCUGACGAAUUCUACACGAACUUUAACGAGAAGCCAUACAACAGCCUCGAGCCUGACAACCUCUGCCGCCUCGCGUACGUGUCUCGAGUUGAGACCACCACUGAGAGCAAGGAUGGCGGCCUCCCCAUACCAGGACACACGGAGCUGCCGACCUGCCCUGUGUGUCUGGAGCGCAUGGAUGAGAGCGUCGACGGCGUCCUUACGAUUCUCUGCAACCACUCGUUCCAUGGCGAGUGCCUGGCCAAGUGGGGUGACAGCAGUUGUCCAGUGUGCCGCUACUGCCAGACGGUGGAGGCGGCAGAAGACCAGGUGUGCUCGCAGUGCGGUGCUCGAGAAUCAUUGUGGAUCUGCCUCAUAUGUGGGCAUGUGGGCUGCGGUCGUUAUGUUGGUGGCCAUGCUAACAGACAUUUCGUGGAAACGAAUCACUUGUUCAGCAUGCAGCUAGGCAACAACAGAGUGUGGGACUACGUCAGAGACAACUACGUGCACAGACUCCUGCAGAGCGAGGGUGAUGGCAAGAUGGUGUCUUACGAACGUGUUGGUGAUGGUGAAGGCGUGUGUGGUGGUGGCGACUUCGACAGCAACGGUGGAGGCGGCGGCAGUGAUUGCAGUGCCAAAGAUGAUCUGCAGCUUGGGGGCGAGGAGAAAUUGUCAUCUAUUCAGUUGGAGUACACGCACUUACUGUCAUCUCAACUUGAAACGCAACGACAGUAUUUUGAGGAUAGAAUGACUGAGCUCGCCAGCACUGCAUCUCUCGAGGCAGACGAGAUACGAUCUGUAGCUCAACAGCUGCGAGAUGAAAUCUCAGACCUGCGUUUGCAGAUCACGUCCCUUACCAAGGAUAAGCAGCUUGUAGACAAGCGCCUCUCCGCACUCCAAGCUAAACAUAAUAAGAUGCACUCGGAGCUGGAAACUGAACAGGAGCUCAAUAAAAAUUUACGGCAGAGCAAAAUCGAAAGUAUUGGCAAAUUGGAAGAGAUGCGCAAGCAGCUGCUGAUGAAAGAUGAGACAAUAGCGGAGCUGGAAGGUCAAGUUCGAGACCUGCUCGUGCAUCUGGACGCCUCGACGUCAGUGGCAAAUAACCCUGAGAUGGCAGGAGCGAGCAUCACGCUGCCGCCUCAGCAGCAAAAUGCACGUGGCAGGGGCCGCAGAAAACGUUAAACAAAUUGUCUUCACGCUGGCAAGAAAUAUUUUGAUGAGGAAAGGAAUGAUAUAUUUUACUUUGGUUAAUCAGUUCCUGACAACUUAACCUGUUCCAAGGAAAUAUAAAUUUUUUAAAGCUCAUUUGUACAAGAAAUACGCUGACGAGUAAUUCAAGAUGGCUUACUUAUUCAACUAAUGUGAGUUUGGCUCAGAUCUCAAAUAAUUUAAUGGAUACUAAUGUAGAUAUCCAAGUCAUUAGGAGGAGAACUUUUUAUAGUGAUAAUUAGAAUUUUUACUUAAUGACUGUGAUAUCAAUGUGUAAUGAAUAAACUCUACGCCUUAA